AUCCUCCUGACUAUGUAGUGUUUCGCCGUUCUUUAUAGGAGUAUCAAGGCAUCGCGUUCACGGUUCACUCCUCCCGACAACUCGACAUUUCCGUGACGGGCAAUUCGUCGAACACCUGACACCAUGGACGCGCCUCCGCCCGCGCAGCCGGACGCCGCGGCGGCGCCGCCCGCCUCGACCUCAGCUUCGACCCUCCCUUCCGCGCCGCCACCAAAUCCCACGCCUUCUGUUUCCACUGCCGCACCACCCACUUCGGACUCCAGCCCUGCUCCCACCCCAGCUCCAGCCCCCGCUCAAACCCUAGAGCCCCCAACUCCCAGCCUCGCCAGCGCGCGGCCGCCACCGCCUCGCAUGAGGCCGCCUUACACCCACCUAGCCUCGCCCAUCACGAUGUCCUCCUCCUCCUCUCCCAACACAGCCGCGGCCUCCUCCUCCGCCACUAUGGCAAUGCCAAGGGGAGGGGUCGCCCUUGGGUUGCCUGCGCACCCGCGUGGGCCUCAUACGCCCGUCGGCUAUACUGGGUUCGUGCCUCCGCCACCGCUAGCUCACCAAUUCAGCCCUAUGCAUCGCGGCCCCGACCAGUCGCUGCCGCCCGCGCCACAGCUCGUGGCUUUGUAUAGUUAUCAACAUGUCCUCCACAAGGAAGAAAGGAUCCUAAUCCAGCUUAGGCAGCCUGCCCCUGGGAUCCAGAAUAUUGGGAUGAUAGGUUCCCUUAACACAUCCCAGUUAAGACCAGGAGCAAUCUCUGGUCCGCAGCAACCAAAGCCAGGUCUUCCAUCAUCAGUAACACCAUCUCCGACUGGUAACCAAAUGCCUGGUUCACAAAAAACCCCGAUGCAUUCUUUAACAAGACCACUGUCUAUGGGUUCUCCUUCGACGGCUUUACAGCAAACUCAGCCAAAUGUAUCUUCACCAUUUAGGCCCCAACAAAGGCCACAAGUUCCACAGCAAAGGCCUUACCAUGUUGCACAGUCUGCACCCGUGGCUUCGCAUCAACAGAAUGUACUUUCAGGACAGCAGCAGCUACCACAGCAUCAACCUUUGCAACAGCAGCAGCAGCAGCAGCAGCAGCAGCAGCAACAGCAACAGCAGCAUCAAAGUCAGACACAAAGUUCCUUGCAACAAAAUCAGCAACAUGCAACACUAAAAGCCCAGCAGCAAGUUGUUCGGACUCCUGUUUCAUUGAUUCAGACAGCUGAUUCUCCUGCUGCGCAACAAGCUACUAAUACGCAACUUGUGGACAUGGCUUCCAUCGAUGCAGCUGCUGGUGAAUCUAGUAAUCGGCUACUCUCCAAGAGGAGUAUACAUGAACUACUUGCACAGAUCGACCCUUCAGAAAGGCUGGAUCCUGAAGUUGAAGACGUUCUUAUUGACAUUGCAGAAGAUUUUAUUGAAAAUGUCGGAACAUUUGCUUGUUCUUUAGCAAAACAUAGAAAGUCGAGUACUUUGGAAGCAAAAGAUGUACUCCUUCAUGCAGAGAGAAGCUGGAAUAUCACGUUGCCAGGCUUCACCGGGGAUGAAAUAAAAUUAUACAAGAAGCCGCACGUCAAUGAUAUUCACAGGGAGAGGCUUACUCUGAUCAAGAAGUCCAUGGCUAGUGAAGGUACCACAAAGAGCUCUGCUGCCCAAGCUGCAGCCAACCAGAAAAAUCAGACUCCAAAGCCACCUGCCACAGGUUCGCCGUGAAAGAAAUACACUAUCCCCUUGUUGUAGAUUGAGUGUAGAACCAGUCGGGGAAGUAUUUGCACCCAAAAAUAACAUGUAUGAUACUUUUUGUAAAGAUGUACUUGUUUUCAUAAAGCUGUAUUUGUUAUUCCCUCCGAUCCAUAAAAAGUGUCGCCCAUCGGAGGGAAUACAAUACUAACUAGUAAUUUUGUUCCAUGGAUUUAUGGUUCGGCUUAGUUGCAACUCUGUUAAGUUAGACCUGAACUUUGUGAGGUGUCAUUGUUACUUUUCCAUUGCGGAAUUUUGUUCAGCGGAAAUAGUCAUCUGACUUUGUUCAGAAAUAGUUGAAGACACAGCUACCCUGUACCAACGCUUAAAGCUCUGUAUAUAUACCCGACGAAUGAUGUAUCGUGGAUUCUGUUUUCA